AAGAUGCAUUAUCAGCCUGCAAGGGCAAUAGACGAGACUUACAGAGAGCCACAUAAUAAAAUCUCUAAUUUCCUUCAGUCAGAACUUGUUAAAGAAAUCUUUCCGGAGUUUAACCCUCCAAAUCCCCCGCCGAGGCAGUAUGACCAGCCUGGGAUUCCCCGGCCAAGUAUGGGGGGAAUUAAUACACCAAGAAUGGAAAUGAAUUCAGUUCAUAAUUUCCCGAGAAAUCUUAGCCAGCCAAGGUUUACACCAAGGCCACAGGAUUUGCCAAUGCCGAGUGCUGGUUCAAAUCAUUUCCCAGCCCCAAGUAAUCUUUCGGAUAAAUUAAUCAUGGAAAAUCAGCAGAUGAUGAACCGGAUUAAUCAACUUGAAGAAGAAAUGAAGAAUCCAAUUCCCAAGAAAUCAAAGAAUAGGAAAUAAGAAAAAGAAAUAUUCUUCAGAUGAUGAUUCUUCAGAGGAUGAUAGUAGCUCUGACAGUGAUAAUAAAAAUGGAUUUUUACCAAAUAUUAUGUCAAUGCCAAUGCUACCUCCAAGGCCUCCUCCACAGUAUUAUCCACCUGUGAAUCCUUUCAUGUUUCACCCAUUCCAAUUUCCACCUUUCCAAAAUAGACCGAAUCCACACCAAGAAGGAACUCCAAGAAGAGCUAGUAGACCAAAGAGAUUAAAGAAACCAAAGAAGAAAAAGAAGGUCCCUAAGAAAAAGUCUAAGAGCAUCAGACCUCCAACCAGAAGCACUACAUCUUUCAGUAGGGACUCUACCAGGACUCAUCUUCCUCCAAUAAAGAAAUAAGAGGAGUCCUACUAUCGGGAAUUUGGAUGUAGAUGCUCUGACAGCUCUUCGGCGAAACCCUAAUUCCCCUCUUAAAAAUAUGGAUGACUCAACUCUUCUCCGAGACUUGAACCUUAAGGAAUUUGAUAAAACUGAAAAGCUCACCAAAGACAACAUGGAUACAGAUUUUAGCCGUGAAAAUAAGGGUUAUAAAGCAAAUUUCCUACAAAGAGAUCAGGAUGAGAGCACAUUAAGGCCAAUUCAGAAAUUUAGAGCAAUUUCUUGGGCCAUAGUUCACUUUUUAUGGUUAUUCAAGUUGGCUCAGGAUUACAGGCUGAAAAAGAAGGAUAAUGAAGGGAAAUUGAUUGGCCCUACUUUGGAGAUUAUAUCACAAGCUAUCCGGAUGUGGCUGUUUGACAUCCUCAAGAUCCCUGUGACCUCUGUUGAUAAGAUGAACACUAAAUUUUUGGACGUGAAACCUCAUAAAUAUCAACCCUCAAAAGAAAUUGAGAUGUCCUUUAGAAAACUUAGUGUCAGGGUUGAGGGUAUAGUCAAUAUCCUUUUUGAGCAGACUGGUUAUCUUCCUGAUUUAAUGACUAAAUUUUUCAGGAAAAUCUUUAGAGAGGGAGGAUACAUCAAUCAAGAAUACUGGACUCCCUUUGAAAUGCAACGGAUUGAACUUGAUGAGCUCGAAACUCUUAAAAACUUCACAAAAGAAAGAUCAAUGUUCUUAAUGAGUUAUUUGGUCUUAGCUAAAAUCCUAGUGCAGAGCUUCCUCUUGAGCCCUCAGAAUAUCAGAGGGUUCAAAGUAAGCAAGAAGGAAAAAGAAAUUCUUAAAGUCAUUGGGUCGAUUUUGUACUAUAUAUACAGAGAUGCAGUCAUUGAUAAUUUUACAACUCCAGAUGAAUCUUUUAAACCAGGCUCAAGAGAAUCAAGUGAUGGAAAUUUUAGCAGAGCAUCCUCCAGAUCUAUACUGUCAGGAGCAAAGAGCUCAAGAGAUAUAUUAAGCGGCUAUGGGUCUCGAAACAUUUCAAAUAAGCCUGAAAGCAAGAUAAGUUCUAGAUUGAUGAACCCGACUAUGUUAGGACAAGGUGAUGAUGAAUUACUCUCUAAAUUGACUCCAAGAAACCGUCUGGGGUACAUAUUUGAGCUAGAGUCUUCCUGGGUUAAAAGAGUUAAGAUGAAGUUGAUAAGAUGGGUAAGAGCUUUGCAUUACUUUAUUCAAAUGAGGAACAAAAAUCGAAAGCUCAGCUCUAGAAUAUCAUCUAGGUCAUCCAAAAGAUUAUAA